GCGGGGGGGGGCGUUCCUAUGGGCGCCUUGAGGAGGAUGCGUGCACAUCCUCCGGGCACCAUGAGAGGCGCCGGUGUGUCUAGCCGUGGCACCGGUGUCUGCGAUUCUGCUGCUUCAAGCUGGUCCUUUUUUUCGUCCUCCGUCCCUUCCUCAACCCACAACUUAGCGUAGAAACAAAAUUGCAGCUACAGGAAGUGUUAGCACUGAUUGGGCCUGAGCUUCCUACCUUAGGACUCUAAAGACUGACUACGUUGAAAUGGACAACCAGGAAUCAACAGAGUCUUCUCAGAAUGCCAAACAGCACAUAAUUUCAGAGGAGUUAAUUUCAGAAGGAAAAUGGGUCAAGUUUGAAAAAACAACUUACAUGGAUCCUACUGGUAAAACUAGAACUUGGGAAACAGUGAAACUUACCACCAGGAAGGGACAGUCUGCUGACGGCGUAUCAAUCAUCCCAGUGCUGCAAAGAACUCUUCAUUAUGAGUGUAUUGUUCUAGUGAAACAGUUCCGACCUCCAAUGGGUGGCUACUGCCUGGAGUUCCCUGCAGGGUUCAUCGAAGACAAUGAAAGCCCAGAAGAUGCUGCUCUUCGGGAGCUGGAGGAGGAAACUGGCUACAAAGGGGACAUCGCAGAAUGUUCUCCAGCUGUGUGUAUGAAUCCAGGCUUAUCAAACUGUACCACACAUGUUGUGACAGUAACCAUCAAUGGAGAUGAUGCAGAAAAUGUAAGGCCGAAGCCCAAACCAGGGGAUGGAGAAUUUGUGGAAGUAAUUUCUUUACCAAAGAAUGACCUACUGAAUAGACUUGAUGCUAUGGUAGCUGAAGAACACCUUACAGUGGAUGCCAGAGUCUACGCCUACGCUCUAGCUCUGAAACAUGCAAAUACGAAGCCAUUUGAAGUACCCUUCCUGAAAUUUUAAAGCCAAAGAGGACACUGGCCUCAAUAUUCAAUGUAGUUUAAUAUAAGUUUGAAAUUAGCUUUUUCAUAAAAUAAAAGCAGCACAGUGCAUGUGA